AUGGAAAGAAAGAGGUUAAAAAGAUGUGCCGUUGGGGACUUCUUGGUGGAGGACAAAACCAAAGCUCUUUUGAAAUAUGAUGGAACCAUCACUUGGGUCCCUCCUGCAAUCUUCAAAUCAUCCUGCCCUAUGGACAUUACUUACUUCCCCUUUGACUAUCAGAAUUGCUCUAUGAAGUUUGGUUCCUGGACCUAUGACAAGGCCAAGAUUGACCUGGUUCUUAUUGGCUCAAAGGUGAACCUUAAAGACUUCUGGGAGAGUGGAGAGUGGGAGAUCAUCGAUGCACCAGGUUAUAAGCAUGACAUCAAGUACAACUGCUGUGAAGAGAUCUACCCAGACAUAACCUACAGUUUUUACAUACGGCGACUGCCCCUCUUCUACACUAUCAACCUUAUUAUCCCCUGCCUCCUCAUCUCCUUUCUGACAGUACUUGUCUUCUACCUUCCAUCAGACUGUGGUGAGAAAGUGACAUUGUGCAUCUCGGUACUCCUCUCUCUUACUGUGUUCCUUCUUGUCAUUACGGAAACCAUCCCAUCCACCUCACUCGUGAUCCCUCUGAUAGGCGAGUACCUUCUCUUCACCAUGAUUUUCGUCACCCUCUCCAUUGUCAUCACCGUCUUUGUAUUGAAUGUGCACUAUCGCACCCCUAUGACCCACACUAUGCCUUGCUGGGUCCGUACCGUCUUCCUCCGAGCUUUACCCCGCAUCAUGCUCAUGCGCAGGCCUCUCGAUCUAUCAGAGUCCUCUGGGAAAGGAGGACUAGAAAGUGGGGGCUCGUCCGGGACUGGAGCAGGACGAGGAGGAGAGGGAAAGAAGAGGAAAAACAGUGCAUCUCAACAGGGAGCAAUGAACUCUUUGGAAUUUGGAGAGGGGAAAUCAGCAUUAGAAGGAAAGAAAGGGGGAUGCCCAUGUCACCCAAUGAAAGAGGCAACUGAGGGGGAUUGUGGAAAAGUGAGUCGUCAGUUGAGCUCACAGGGUAUUAACACAGUUGUGGCUUUCUCUGUGGUGUCACCGGAGAUCAAACAGGCUAUUGAGAGUGUGAAGUACAUUGCUGAGAACAUGAGGAGCCGCAACAAAGCCAAAGAGGUGGAGGAUGAUUGGAAGUAUGUUGCCAUGGUGAUUGACCGCAUCUUCCUUUGGGUCUUUGUGCUGGUGUGUGUGCUGGGAACUUUGGGACUCUUCCUGCAACCUCUGAUUGACUUCUUCUCGUAAUUAACUAUGCCAGCUUGCCUGUUCUAACCAAUCAUUAUCUGAGUUACUGACAUGCUCCAUAUUUAAUUAGUAUCACACGUGUUCCAUCAUUACAACAAAACUAUAUACUGGUGUCCUUGCACACAGCAAAAACAUAAUCAGGUGGUCUGUUUUGCUCUCUGCCACUAAUCAAUUGGAGACUGCUUUUUGCCUUUUUUUAACAAUCAGUGACUCCAAGUGAACUUUCUAAUCACCAUCUAUCCUGAAGCACUAAAAUGUCCAUAAGAAGACCAAUCAGACUGACUGGUGUUCUGUGUCCACUACUCAAAAUGACAUUCCACUUACAAUAUCUGAUUACACACACAUGAUAUGUGGCAUUUUAUACCAAACAACAUGGCCAUCUUCUCUCAACUCAACAGUCACUCAGGAAAAUCUGCAAAAGACAGUGAUUGUGGGAAUAGAGUAGAGGAAAUCCAGUUUAAGCACAAAAAUGUUGUGUAGAUUAGUUCACCAAAAUCUUCAAGGAUAAACACUGAGCCGUGUGAUUAUGGGACAUAAUUAGUCAAGAAUAUGGGUGAUCUAUAAAUAUCUUUGAGUUGUGGCAUGGCUGCACUCCAGAAUAAAAAUGACUAAUCUGGUCCCAUUAUGCCAAAUAAUUUGUGUUUAGAAUGAGAUUAAUGAAUGUUUUUUUUUAUUUUUUUUACUCAGUGUGUCUCAUUCCUAUGAUACUGCAUGUUGAAGAUUUUUUUAAUUUGAAGCAGUUGUAUUGACCAUGAUGUCUUAAUCCUUAACUGUUUUGAGUGCUGUGCAGGCUAUUAAAAUGAUUGCUUUCCCUCCCUCUCUCACACUCAUGCUCUCUCUCUCUCUCUCUUGCUCUAUCAGAUACAUAAUCCCCUCUUUAAUAUCACCAUUUAAAUCUAUUUUCC